GUGCUUUAAAUUCCUUUUUAAUAUUUAUUUAUUUUAAUAUAACUUUAGUGUUGUGGUGAAAGUUUUAACUUAAUUAUGAAUGGUGUUAUGGAACGUACUGAUAUGGCGGGAAAUGAUAAUCGACAUUCUGCGGUCGACGUCAGUGCAGAGGCUAAUAGAAAAAAUGAAGUCGAUAAAAGAUGGCAACAGACCGAUGGAGACAGGCUAACAACAUGCACCGAACGUUCUACUCUACUUCGGUCUCACGCAGCUAAGUCUGCUGAGUGUAGUGGGCAUAGUUCUCCUCGCCCGCGACGCGCGCCCCGUGAAUCCCGUCGAGUUUCCCUCGCACAGGCGCCAGGCUACGUCCAGCUCAACCAGUAUCGGUUGCUAGAACCAAUUGGUCAGGGUUCCUACGGUAUUGUUAAGUUAGCUUAUAACGAAGAGGAUGACACGCAUUAUGCAAUGAAGAUCCUUUCGAAACGUAAGUUGAUGCGACGCGCGGGUCUUUUCGGGCGAGCACCGCCGCGGCGUCCAGGCCCCGGACCUCAGGCUCCCGGGCCCCCGCCUGACCCGCUGCAAAGGAUCUACAGGGAGAUAGCCGUGCUCAAAAAGUUAGACCACCCUAAUGUAGUUAAAUUAGUUGAGGUCUUAGACGACCCAGCUGAAGACCAAUUGUACUUAGUGUUCCAGCUGUUAGAAGGAGGUCCUGUGAUAGAUAUACCGACUGAAAAUCCUUUAGAUGAAAAUGUAGCAAGAAAAUAUUUUAGAGAUUCAUUACUAGGUGUCGAAUACUUACAUUUUCAAAGAAUAGCACACCGUGAUAUCAAACCUGCAAAUUUACUGCUCGGUGAAGGCCGAGUACAGGUGGCUGAUCUCGGAGCGUGCGGUGAACUGGCAGGCGCUGGGAAACUCUCCGGUGCAGUUGGUACACCCGCCUUCCGAGCACCUGAAGCAUUUGCACCAGCGGAUAAGUAUAUUGGCGAGGCGGCAGAUAUCUGGUCAUUAGGUGUGACUUUGUACGCGAUGGUAACAGGCAGAGUGCCAUGGUGUGGUGAGAGUUCAACGGAACUACAAAAGCGGGUCUUAACUGAGCCACUCUCGUUCCCUUCAAAACCGGCGCUCUCUCGACCACUGCGACGAUUGCUGGCUAGAAUGCUUGACAAAAAUCCAAACACGAGAGCGUUAAUGCAGGAAAUCAAAGAACACGAAUGGGUAACAAAUGGUGGGAAAGAUCCUCUUCCUUCAGAGCAAGAGAACUGUAGAUUAGUCGAAGUGACAGAUGAAGAUAUGGCCAGAGUCGUGACAUCGAUACCUAAUCUUUCAACUCUAAUACUCAUUAAAACAAUGCUCAAGAAACAUAGCUUUCAGAAUCCCUUCCUACGCAGCCGUGAAGGUAGUGCCCGUAGGGAGUCAAAUGUCGGUGAAAUCGACAACGAAGCGAAUAAGCAAUCACUUCGGAGAACAGCUUUGUCGAAAGCUGGACGAUCGCUUUCGGCUCCCGGAAAUUAUCUUACGGAAAAUCGCCAACCAUCGUUUGAUAUCGGCUUAGAAGCAGUCCAAGAGUCGAAGGAAAAACCGCACGAAACACCCGUCAAAGAAAAUGGCAAACUUGAUGCGAGACGGUGAUGCUGCGCGUGGGCGCAUCGCGCUAGGAUUUAAAAAGAAAAUUAAAUAAAAAAACUGCACUUUAUACCUUUCAUCUGUAGCAACUGGACAUUCUUUGCGCAACCUUGAAAAAUAAUAUUUAUAACUUCGAUAUCGUUUAUGAAAAUAAUUAUUUUCUAGUUCCCUAAAUCUAAAAUAUAAAUCUUUUGUUACCAUUUUGGUAUUAAUGUAUAGAUAUUGAAUUUAAAAAUAUAUUUUCAUAAUAAAAACCUACAAUCAAGAGUUAUAAGGAUAUUCCGAGUGCGACGAAAAGAGUUACAUCUUAAAUUUCUAGAGAUGUAACUAUUUUCGCACUGUGUCGAUUUAUUCAAUUUCAUUCACUUGUAACAAUGUCGUAUGUAAUUUUAGAUAAAGUGAUAUUUUUAUAAUUAUUAUCUGUAAUUAAUUUUAGAAU